AUGACUAUUGCUGGAGGUAACGGGGAGGGCGAUGCCACUAAUCAACUCUACUACCCUCAAGGUCUCUUCGUUGAUGAUGAUAAAACAGUGGUUAUUGCUGACUGUUGGAACAAUCGUAUCAUCCAAUGGAAAAAAGAUGAUACAGCGAACGGACAAGUUGUUGCUGGUGGCAAAGGCCAAGGAAAUGGAUUGCAUCAAUUGAAUGGUCCCACUGAUGUCUUGAUUGACAACGAAACGGAUAGUCUAAUUAUUUGUGACGGCAGACGAAUUGUACGAUGGUUUCGGCUUAGUGACCGAAGACAAGGAGAAAUCAUUAUCGACAACAUCCAAUGUUAUGGGCUGACUUUGGAUGAACAGAGAUAUCUUUACGUCUCUGACGUUGUAAAACAUGAAGUAAGACGAUACGAAUUGGGAGAGAAGAAUGGCACUCUCGUAGCUGGUGGAAAUGGCAAAGGUUCGAGUCUUAAUCAACUCAACGAGCCGAGAUAUCUCUUUGUCGAUCGACAACAGAAUGUAUACGUGUCAGACAGCGAGAAUAAUCGUGUAAUGAAAUGGAAUAAAGGUGAAAAAAGAGGCAUUGUAGUCGCUGGAGGACAAGGCAAAGGGGAUGCUCUGACACAAUUAAAUGGUCCUAAUGGACUCUUCGUUGAUACGUUGGGUACACUCUAUGUAGUAGACUCGUUAAAUAAUCGUGUAAUGCGUUGGACUCAAGGAGCAAAACAAGGCGCUGUAAUUGUGGGUGGAAAUGGUCAAGGAGCAGGAGCAAAUCAAUUCAAGUGCCCCAUCGGUUUGUCUUUCGAUCGACAAGGUAAUCUCUAUGUCACUGAUCAUGAUAACAAUCGUGUUCAACGAUUUUCUAUCGAAUAA